AUGAUCGGUCUACAUAUUUUCCACUACGCCGGCUUUUUCGGAGCACAAAUCUUCAAUACUGUUCUGGCAAUAUUAAUUGUGAAAAGAGCUGGAAAACUGUUUGGUAGUUACCGUCAUGUUAUGUUUGUAUUCACAUUUUGUUCGAUGUUGUACUCUGCAGUAGAGAUAAUUGCACAGCCGGUACUAUACAUGAAAGGUCCAAUGUUUGUCGUGUUUCUUGAUAAUAACGUUUUUUCUCAAGGCAUUGGAAAUGUAGUUGCUUGUCUUCAUUGUGGUACCUUUGGAUUUUUGAUUUCUGUAUUUGCGGCACAGUUUUUCUACAGAUACAUUGCAUUGUGCAGACAAAGUCUGUUAUCUUAUUUCGAUGGAUAUAAAAUAUUUUUGAUCUUCAUUCCAUGCGUAAUUACAUACAUUCUCUGGUUUGAACUUGUCGUUUGGGGAAUGUCUGCGACUAUGGAAAAACGAAUCUAUUUGAAAGAUGAUUUUAAAAAUAUGUAUGAAUCAGAUUCAAUGAUGAUAUCUUUUAUUGCUCCGUUGUACUGGAACAAUGGACCAAAUAGAGAGAAAGUUUGGAGAUUUAAAGAUGCAGCCUCUGCACUAGUCUGUACUGGAAUUAUUGGAUCAUUAACAACUUUAAUUUGCUUCUUCGCGUUACGAAUUUAUCUAAAAAUGCAAAAAGAAAAAGGUCAUAUGAGUAAAAGAACUCUGGAAUUGAACAGGCAGCUUUAUAUAAUGUUAUCAAUCCAGACUAUUGUCCCAUUUAUAACAAUGUACAUCCCAGUGGGUCUUUUCAUUGUUCUCCCAUUUUUUGAUAUGGGAUUAGGUGCGUAUGUGAAUUAUCCCAGUGCCAGUAUGUCUUUGUAUCCUGCAAUUGAACCAUUAAUUGCAAUUUAUUGUAUAAAAGACUUCAGAAAGACUAUAGCUAAUUUCUUCCGGAGAGUUCGUGUUGGUCCAAAUGGCAUAAGUGUGUACAGUACUAGUGGAACACAGAUGGCAAUCAAAUAA